AUGACGAAAGACAAAGCAGACACAAACCAACCACGUUUCAAGCUUCCACCUGUUUCCCUCCUCCCCGCUCCACCCCUUCCGCCGCCGGGGCGAGGCGCCUCGCCGUCGCUGUCAGGGCGGUGGCUGGUGGGGUCCGCUCGGCAGCGGCCAUGCGCGCCCGCUUCCUUCCGCUACUAGCGCGGCAGUGGCAACAUCGGGCGAGCGGCUCAAGCGGUGCGCGGAGAGGCUGCUGCGGGCGCCACCAGUGCGGGGAAACGCGGAGGGGACUAGCGGCGGCGGCGGCGGCGGCGAGGUGGUGGCACGUCGGUAGGAGGGGGUUCGUGGCAUCGGUGGAGGCGGGGGCGAAGGGGGAGAUGGAGAGCACCAUGAAGGAGAUACGGGGAGGCGGGGCGCCGUGCGUGCUGGACAUGGACGACGCGGCGACGGUGGGCGGCGGCGUCGAGGACACCUACGGCGAGGACCGCGCCACCGAGGAGCAGCUCGUCACGCCGUGGACCGUCUCUGUCGCGAGCGGUUACAAUUUGUUGAGGGAUCCACGCUACAACAAGGGGCUUGCCUUCACAGAGAAGGAGCGUGAGACACACUACCUUCGUGGCCUUCUGCCACCAGCAGUCACAUCCCAGGAGCUCCAGGAGAGGAAGAUCAUGCAUAAUAUUCGCCAGUACCAGCUACCUCUGCAGCGUUACAUGGCUAUGAUGGACCUUCAAGAGGGGAAUGAGAGGCUUUUCUACAAGCUCCUCAUUGACAAUGUUGAGGAGCUGCUUCCUAUUGUGUACACUCCAACUGUUGGUGAGGCCUGCCAAAAGUACGGGUCUAUAUUUAGUCGUCCGCAGGGUCUUUACAUCAGCUUGAAAGAGAAGGGAAAGAUCCUUGAGGUGCUGAAGAACUGGCCUGAGAGGAGCAUUCAGGUUAUUGUCGUUACUGACGGUGAACGUAUUUUGGGGCUUGGAGAUCUUGGAUGCCAGGGAAUGGGGAUUCCUGUUGGUAAGCUUUCCCUUUACACUGCUCUGGGAGGGGUUCGUCCAUCUGCAUGCUUGCCAAUCACAUUGGAUGUUGGUACAAAUAAUGAGGAGCUUCUGAAUGAUGAAUUUUACAUUGGCUUGAGGCAAAGAAGGGUCACUGGCCAGGAGUAUGCUGAUUUUCUGCAUGAAUUUAUGGCUGCUGUGAAGCAAAACUAUGGGGAGAAAGUUCUCAUUCAGUUCGAGGAUUUUGCAAACCACAAUGCCUUUGAUCUCCUUGCAAGAUACGGAACAACCCACCUUGUAUUCAAUGAUGACAUUCAGGGAACAGCUUCGGUGGUCCUUGCUGGGCUUGUUGCAGCACUGAAAUUAGUUGGUGGUACAUUAGCAGAGCACACCUACCUGUUCUUGGGAGCUGGAGAGGCUGGGACAGGUAUUGCAGAACUUAUAGCUCUUGAGAUGUCAAGACAGACAAAAACACCAAUAGACGAAUGUCGCAAGAAAAUCUGGCUUGUUGAUUCAAAGGGCCUGAUCGUCAGUACGCGAAAGGAGUCCCUUCAACACUUCAAGAAACCAUGGGCUCAUGAGCAUGAGCAUGUCGGCAACCUCUUAGAUGCAGUGAAUGCUAUCAAACCAACAGUGUUGAUUGGCACAUCUGGAAAGGGGCAAACUUUCACACAGGAGGUUGUUGAAGCAAUUUCCUCAUUUAAUGAGAUGCCUAUCAUUCUUGCCCUGUCCAACCCAACGUCGCAGGCUGAGUGCACAGCUGAACAAGCUUACACAUGGAGCAAGGGUCGAGCAGUGUUUGCAACUGGAAGCCCAUUUGAUCCAGUGGAGUACAAUGGCAAGACACAUGUGCCUGGCCAGGCAAACAAUGCAUAUAUCUUUCCAGGGUUUGGCCUUGGAGUGGUGAUGUCUGGGGCAAUCCGUGUGCAUGAUGACAUGCUUCUUGCAGCCUCGGAGGCUCUGGCUCAGCAGGUCACACAGGAGAAUUUUGACAAGGGGCUCAUUUACCCUCCCUUCUCAAAUAUCAGAAAGAUCUCUGCUCACAUCGCGGCCAACGUUGCAGCAAGGGCAUAUGAACUUGGACCGAAUCGACCAAACCCGCCGGGAUGCCGCGCCCUGGCCGGAGCUGUCACGCGUGGGAGGGAGGCUGGUUCGCCGGGUGCUCGGCUGAGGGAGGUCGUCCCUUGCUGGCGCUCGUGGGCGGGAUGGAGGAUGGAAGGGGGGACGGCUGAGGGUGGGAUGACUGCCACCGGCGAACCUGCGCAAGGAAGAGCCUCUGACCCACCGGCGUAUGUGGAUCCGUGCUCCCAACCCUCCUGCACCUCGCCCCAACCAGAUCCUGGCUGCUCCUCCGCCGGCUUCGCCCUUUUGCUCGCCCCUGCCUCGACAGCAUGUGGAGCCGCAGCGGCAACGGUGUUGUCUGGUCCGGUGAGCGUGAUGGACGGCUACAGGAGGGCGUCGGGGGCCGACUUGGUGAACGACAGUGGUUGGCCAGCCGGACGACAACGGCAGUGUGCUGGCCGAGCUGGGCCCCGCGACGGCUCCUCGUUGGGCACACUGGUGGGCUGGAGGCUCUUCCUUGCCGAAGACGGCGGCGCCAGCUCCGGCGCGGUCACCCUGAUGUCCCGAAGGAGCGCCGCGUUGAAGGCCUCGCCGGAUUUGGUGUCCGGCUUCCCGCCGCCGCCUGGGAGGAGGCAGACGAUGGGGGUGAAAGGGGGGCUGAUUGCUUUUUUAAUUUUUUAA